GCGGCGGCGGCGGCGGCGGCGGCGGCGGCGCCGAGGAGGCUGCUCUUCCGCGGCCGGACGGAGAGCGGCAGUGUCUCCCCGCCCGGCGCGCUCGCCCCGCGUCUCCCCCCGAGGCGCGACUGCUCCUCCUCGGCUCCGCCGGCCCCAGGCGCUCCGGGGCGGGCGGCGGCGGCGGCGGCGGCGGGACCCGCGGAGCCGCUUUGUGUGGCAGCCCGCGAGGGCGGCGGCGGCGGCGGCGGCAGCGGCGGCGCAACCACCUGACAGAAGCCCGGCGGCCGGCGCCCCUUCCGCCCGCAUGAGGAGGAGAGGCCGGUAGAGGACCGUGGAAGAAAAGUUGUCCCCCAGGAUGGACUUCACCGCGCAGCCCAAGCCUGCCACUGCCCUCUGCGGCGUCGUGAGCGCCGACGGCAAGAUCGCCUACCCUCCCGGGGUGAAGGAGAUCACCGACAAGAUCACCACGGAUGAGAUGAUCAAGCGGCUGAAGAUGGUAGUAAAAACUUUUAUGGACAUGGAUCAGGAUUCAGAAGAUGAAAAACAACAGUAUCUCCCACUAGCCUUGCAUCUUGCAUCUGAAUUUUUCCUCAGGAAUCCCAAUAAAGAUGUCCGUCUCCUUGUAGCGUGUUGUUUGGCUGAUAUAUUUCGAAUCUAUGCUCCAGAAGCUCCAUAUACUUCCCAUGAUAAACUUAAGGACAUAUUUUUGUUUAUUACCAGACAAUUAAAAGGUUUAGAGGAUACAAAGAGCCCACAAUUUAAUAGAUACUUUUAUUUAUUGGAGAAUUUAGCUUGGGUUAAAUCAUAUAACAUCUGCUUUGAAUUGGAAGAUUGCAAUGAAAUUUUUAUUCAGCUUUUUAGAACUCUCUUCUCAGUGAUCAACAAUAGCCACAAUAAGAAGGUACAAAUGCACAUGCUAGACUUGAUGAGUUCUAUCAUCAUGGAAGGUGAUGGAGUGUCUCAAGAAUUAUUGGAUUCCAUUCUUAUUAAUCUCAUCCCUGCACAUAAGAACUUAAAUAAACAAUCCUUUGACCUCGCAAAAGUCCUAUUGAAAAGGACAGUUCAGACUAUUGAGGCAUGCAUUGCCAAUUUUUUCAAUCAAGUCCUGGUGCUCGGAAAGUCAUCAGUGAGUGAUUUGUCAGAACACGUAUUUGAUCUGAUUCAGGAACUUUUUGCUAUAGAUCCUCAUUUGUUAUUGUCUGUCAUGCCACAGCUUGAAUUCAAACUGAAGAGCAAUGAUGGAGAAGAACGAUUAGCUGUUGUUCGACUUUUAGCUAAAUUGUUUGGUUCUAAAGAUUCUGAUUUAGCAACUCAGAAUCGUCCACUUUGGCAGUGUUUUCUUGGACGAUUUAAUGACAUUCAUGUUCCUGUGAGAUUAGAAAGUGUGAAAUUUGCAAGUCACUGUUUAAUGAAUCACCCAGAUUUAGCAAAGGAUCUCACAGAAUAUUUGAAAGUUAGAUCACAUGAUCCAGAAGAAGCUAUUCGUCAUGAUGUUAUUGUUACUAUAAUAACAGCUGCCAAAAGAGAUCUUACGUUAGUUAAUGAUCAACUCCUGGGCUUUGUAAGAGAAAGAACUCUGGAUAAACGGUGGCGGGUAAGAAAAGAAGCUAUGAUGGGUCUGGCUCAGCUUUAUAAGAAAUAUUGUCUUCAUGGUGAAGCAGGAAAGGAAGCUGCAGAGAAAGUGAGCUGGAUAAAGGACAAACUUUUGCAUAUUUAUUAUCAGAAUAGCAUUGAUGACAAACUAUUAGUAGAGAAAAUCUUUGCUCAAUAUCUUGUUCCCCAUAACCUGGAAACUGAAGAGAGAAUGAAGUGCUUAUAUUAUUUAUAUGCUAGUCUGGAUCCAAAUGCAGUCAAAGCCCUCAAUGAAAUGUGGAAGUGUCAGAACAUGCUUAGAAGUCAUGUACGGGAACUAUUGGAUUUGCACAAGCAGCCUACAUCAGAGGCUAACUGUUCUGCCAUGUUUGGAAAACUGAUGACCAUAGCAAAAAAUUUACCUGACCCUGGAAAAGCACAAGAUUUUGUGAAGAAAUUUAACCAGGUUCUUGGUGAUGACGAGAAACUGAGGUCUCAAUUGGAAUUAUUAAUCAGUCCAACUUGUUCCUGCAAACAAGCAGAUGUUUGUGUGAGAGAAAUAGCUCGAAAACUUGCCAAUCCUAAGCAACCAACAAAUCCUUUUCUAGAGAUGGUCAAAUUUCUGCUGGAAAGAAUUGCACCUGUGCAUAUUGAUUCCGAAGCCAUAAGUGCACUCGUAAAAUUGAUGAAUAAAUCAAUAGAGGGGACUGCAGAUGACGAAGAGGAGGGUGUAAGUCCAGAUACAGCUAUUCGUUCUGGGCUUGAACUUCUUAAGGUUCUGUCUUUCACACAUCCUACCUCGUUCCACUCUGCAGAGACAUAUGAGUCCCUGUUACAGUGCCUCAGAAUGGAAGAUGACAAGGUAGCAGAAGCUGCUAUACAAAUUUUCAGAAAUACAGGCCACAAGAUCGAAACCGACCUACCCCAGAUACGAUCGACCUUAAUACCCAUUUUACAUCAGAAAGCGAAAAGAGGUACUCCACAUCAAGCAAAACAGGCCGUUCACUGUAUACAUGCCAUUUUCACUAAUAAGGAAGUUCAGCUUGCACAGAUUUUUGAGCCACUUAGUAGGAGUCUGAAUGCUGAUGUACCAGAACAACUUAUAACUCCAUUGGUUUCAUUGGGUCAUAUUUCUAUGUUAGCACCUGAUCAGUUUGCUUCCCCAAUGAAGUCUGUAGUAGCAAAUUUUAUUGUGAAAGAUCUUCUAAUGAAUGACAGGUCAACAGGUGAGAAGAAUGGAAAAUUAUGGUCUCCAGAUGAAGAAGUUUCCCCUGAAGUACUAGCAAAGGUACAAGCAAUUAAGCUUCUGGUAAGGUGGCUGUUGGGUAUGAAAAACAACCAGUCUAAAUCUGCCAAUUCAACCCUUCGAUUAUUAUCAGCAAUGUUGGUGAGUGAAGGUGACCUGACAGAGCAAAAGAGGAUCAGUAAGUCUGAUAUGUCUCGCUUGCGAUUAGCUGCUGGUAGUGCCAUAAUGAAGCUUGCUCAGGAACCUUGUUACCAUGAGAUCAUAACCCCAGAACAGUUUCAGCUCUGUGCACUUGUUAUCAACGAUGAGUGCUACCAAGUAAGACAGAUAUUCGCUCAGAAGCUUCAUAAGGCACUUGUGAAGUUACUUCUCCCAUUGGAGUAUAUGGCGAUCUUUGCCUUAUGUGCCAAAGAUCCUGUGAAAGAGAGAAGAGCACAUGCAAGACAGUGCUUGCUGAAAAAUAUCAGUAUACGCAGAGAGUACAUUAAACAAAAUCCCAUGGCUACUGAGAAAUUACUUUCACUAUUGCCUGAAUAUGUAGUUCCAUAUAUGAUUCACCUACUAGCCCAUGAUCCAGAUUUUACAAGAUCACAAGAUGUUGAUCAACUUCGUGAUAUUAAAGAGUGCCUAUGGUUCAUGCUUGAAGUUUUAAUGACGAAGAAUGAAAACAAUAGCCAUGCCUUUAUGAAGAAGAUGGCAGAGAAUAUCAAAUUAACAAAAGAUGCCCAAUCUCCUGAUGAAUCCAAGACAAAUGAAAAACUUUAUACAGUAUGUGAUGUGGCUCUGUGUGUUAUAAACAGCAAAAGUGCUUUGUGCAAUGCAGAUUCACCAAAGGAUCCAGUCCUUCCAAUGAAAUUUUUCACACAACCUGAAAAGGACUUCUGUAAUGAUAAGAGCUAUAUCUCAGAAGAAACAAGAGUACUUCUACUAACAGGAAAGCCAAAACCUGCUGGAGUCCUCGGUGCAGUAAACAAGCCUUUAUCAGCAACGGGAAGGAAGCCAUAUGUCAGAAGCACUGGACCUGAGACUGGAAGCAAUGUCAGUGUGAAUUCAGAAUUGAACCCGUCAACUGGAAAUCGAACAAGGGAGCAGAGUUCAGAAACAGCUGAAACUGGAGUUAGUGAAAAUGAAGAAAACCCUGUUAGAAUUAUUUCUGUCACACCUGUGAAAAAUACUGACCCAGUAAAAAAUAAGGAAAUUAAUUCGGAUCAGUCUUCCCAGGGCAACAUCAGCAGUGACCGUGGAAAGAAAAGAACAGUAACAGCGGCUGGUGCAGAGAAUAUCCAACAAAAAACAGAUGACAAAGCUGAUGAAUCAGGACCACCUACGCCUUCAAAACCCAGGAGAGGACGUCGACCGAAGUCUGAAUCUCAGGGCAAUGCAACCAAAAAUGAUGAUACAAAUAAACCUCUUAGCAAGGGAAGAAAGAGAGGAGCAGUCAGUCAGGAAAGCCCAGGCGGAUUGGAAGCAGGUAAUGCCAAAGCACCCAAACUGCAAGAUGCCACCAAAAAGGCAGCACCAGCGGAGCGACAGAUAGACCUCCAAAGGUAAAAAGAAAACUCGUUCUAAAGGGAGGAAAUGAAGGCCAAACAGAAGCAGUCUCAAGCUUCUACAGAAAUUUGGAUUCACAAUGUCCCUGAACUGAAAAUGAAGUGAACUUCGGAACACACACUUUCUGCCUUGAAAGCUGAAGGAAAUGCUUACUUCUUUUCCAUGACCACAGUACUUGGAUGGGAGUGUACAGCAGAAACUCUUAAGAGAGGCUAAAAGCAACUCUUUUCUACCCUACCCCCCUCCCCAGACUUUUCUUCUGAAAAGUCAAUAAUUAAGCAAAUUGCUUAACACUUGGUUCCAGUUACCACAUAUCUGGAGUUGAAAGGCAUAAUCCACAAUUGAUUCCAUGCUGCAGUUUUUAUUUUUGAAGAAAGUAUAAUAGGAUGUCCUUACACUGACACUGAGUUUUUAUCCGUUCUAGAGCCAGGAGUUCCCAUGUUACACAGGAAAAAAAGGAGAGAAAAAAAGAUGUCUACUGAAUUAAAUUUUUAGAGAGAUCAGAUUAAGUAUUUCUUUGUUUUUCCUUUUGGAAACUUUUAUGUAUAAUUCUGCCUGCCUACUUUUCUGCAAAAAUGAGAUGUACAGAUUUCAGUUCCCUGCUAUGAAAAGUGAUGUGGCGAUUUUACAAAUGUUGCUUUCUGAUUUUUAUCAGAGUGAGAAAAUAAUGAAAUUAAUAUUGAUUUCGUAUCACUUCAUAUUUUGAUUUUCCCUCCAUUUUAGUUUAAUAUAAUUUGCAAUAAAUGUACAUAUGAUUGUUUGUUUCAUAAAGCAUAUCACUUUGAAAUGGUUUUUACUCUGUGAUCAUGUUGGAAUACUUGGAAUUUUAAAGGAGUAGAGACUGUCCAGCAUUUGGUUUUAUAAUGUUUUGUCAACCAGAUUUUUAUUGAUGUACAAAACAAUCCUUUUUUUUUUUUUUUUUUUUUUUUUUUUAGUUAGAGUUUGGCAGCUUUGUAAGGAGAGUCGGAGGUAUUCAGGACCGCUAUCAAUCCUCAGCAUUGUGCUAUUGGGAAAUAAGUGUUUUGCUUUUGUUUGCCAGUCUGGGCUCAGUUUUUGUUUAUUUUAGAAGUGAACUGUUGCAUCAAUAUAUUACUUCUUGGCAUUGUUCAGCAUAGGUAAUGUGUACACUUUGUGUGUGCACAUAAUCAUAUUUAAGUUUUUACAUAAAAUAAAUGCUUCUAGAUGUCA